AGUCGCGUCAAGUUAUGAAGGUGUCUUAGUUUUGGAUAUUUUAAAAUUUUCACUAUCUACGAUAAAGAAAUUUAAUUCUUUCUAAAUUUUCGUGUAAAAGUAAUGGCGAGUGACUCCAGCUCAGCAGUUCUAGACCUGAAUGAUGGAGACAUCACAGAAGACACUGAGGCUCCCAGUGUUACUGAUGAUGCGGUGGACGGAACCCCCUUGAUCAUGGAGCAUGGAUAUGAUAUAGCUGUCAAGGUAGAUGCACCAAUGAAACAGCUGUCAACAUUAGAAACAUUUGUAACGUACCGCGUACGCUGCGUGUGCGCGCGCUGGCCAACACCACCGUUUGUUAGAAGACGGUACAAUCAUUUCAAGUUACUUCACCGGCGGCUGUGUGCGGGUGCUCCGCUGCUGGCGCCGCCUGCGCUGCCGCCGCUGCACUCCGCACGCCAGCAGCUGGACAGAUAUCAGCCAGCUUUUGUACAUAUCCGUGCUCUCGCACUGCACGCCUUCCUAGAUCGUGUUGCGAAACAUCCAAUAUUGACACACAGCGAGGAUUUCAAAUUGUUUGUUAUCACACCCGAUGAAGAUUUUGAUAAAGUAUUCAAGAGUGAAAAUAGUGCAUUAAAUCUAUGGGGUCUCAGUAGUGCUUUGUACGGUAGUGGGGAAUCGAAGCCGGGACCCAACGGAGCUAGAGUACAAGAUCCAGAGUUCACAUCUGCAGCGGACUAUCUGCAGUCGCUGGAGCAGAAGUUGACAACACUUUGCUCGCUCACAACUAAACUGUACAAAGGCUCUGUAGCACUCAGCGGGGAGUAUAUGAGUUUGCGAAGCGCGUGCGGCGCUUGGGGAGCUGCGGGUGCUGCGCUGGCGAGCGGGGCCUGCGCCGCCGCCAACGCCCGGGCCUGCGCCCCACUGCGCCAUCGAGCUACAUUACCAUUACUUGCAGCGUACGCGCGCGCACAUACGCAGAAAAUACGAAAUAGGAACGCUUUACAUGCGGCUUAUGUAUCUGGCGGCAACACUGAAGACUUACAUAACAAAUUAGAACAAGCUUCGGAAGCGCUCCGUUCAGAACUAUCUGAUUGGAUACCAAAGACACGAGCUGAAGUGAAAUCUCUACUCCUUGAGUUGGCUGACAGACAAGUGAACACACACGCGCAGACCCUGGCCGGCUGGCAGCAGGCACUCAGGCUGGCAACCGGGGCUGAUGUCUCCGAGAUCUUCAAAACAGUAUCAAAGACUGCUGUACAGAAUCUAUCACCAUCGAAAUGCAGAGCUGACACACCAACGGAGAAGGAUUUUGAAGAUCUUGAUAAUUAUAGUGCUGAAGAAUGUGAUAUAGAACAUUCUACAAGUGAUGUUGUUGGUAACGUUGAUGUACAUGUAGACUCAAGUGUUAGUGUUCAAGUGAAUUCUGAAGAGAAGACUGAAGAUAAAGUUUCCGAUCCAUUGCAAGAUUUCUCUGAAGUGGAUCUAUCUUGAGUUUGUGAUACUGUGUUGUUGGAUGUUUUUGAGUUUUAAAUAUCGUCACAUCUGAAGAUUUUUUUUUGGGUAUGUAAUUUGAAAUUUUUAUAGCAUCAUAACUUUAAAAUUAUUAGU